CCUUAUAUAUAUACGCACGCCUCACUCUUCCAUUCCACUCAAACCAAAAACCUUCAUUUCUCUUCACUUUCUUGGCACACCAGCCUGCCAGCCUUUGCCUUGUAUUUCUUGAUUUCCUUUCGAGAAAGUAUCGAAAGCAUUAAUGGCGUUUCAGGAUGAACGCUCAACCCUAGAGUCAAUUAGACAGCAUCUCCUUACUGACUUCGCUUCCAUGGAUAGCUUCAUCUCCGAUCUCGAUAAUUUCAUUAAACCCGAAAGACAAGAAGACUUUGAUUUCUUGCAACCGCAGCAGCAUCAAGAAUUCAAGAUGGAAACCAAGCCGUCUCCAAGAUCUUCCACUCUCAGUCAGCGAAAGCCAGCUAUGAGUAACAUAGCUAUACCGCCUCCGGCAACUUUGAAGGCGGCGGUGAUCCAACCGCCGGUUCAGCAAGCUGAGGUUGCUGCUGAAAAUAAUAAGCAUUACAGAGGAGUCAGGCGUAGGCCAUGGGGAAAAUACGCAGCGGAGAUUCGCGAUCCUAAUAAGAAAGGUGCUCGUGUAUGGCUUGGAACAUUUGAUACUGCUAUCGAAGCUGCUAAAGCUUAUGAUAACGCUGCUUUUAGAUUACGCGGUAGUAAAGCUAUACUCAAUUUCCCUCUUGAAAUUGGUAAUUCAUCAAUUUCUGAGAACAAUCAUCAUAAUAAUAAUGAUAAUAAUAACAAUUACAAACCUCCCAACAAAAGAAAACUCGAGGAGAUUGAGAGUAACGAUUAUAAGAAUAAUAAGCUUGUAAAGACAGAGAAACUUUCGCCGGAAAGCGAGGAGAAGGCAGUACCAUCGGCGACGGAUCCAUUAACGCCGUCGAGUUGGAAGGGGUUUUGGGACGGUGAAGUUAUGGGGAUAUUUAAUGUGCCGCCGUUAUCCCCCUAUCCUUCGAUGGGAUAUUCUCAGCUGAUGGUCGUGUGAGAUCAUGUUAAGGGUUUGUUUGGAUAAAGUUAAUUACUGAAUUAGGAAUGGGCAAAUCUGAUGGCAAAAAGAAGUCUCAGAUAAAAUAGACAUUAAAACAAGUUAGAGAAGUGACGUGUUUCUUUUUUUGACAUGUGCGCAUAAAUAAGGGAAGUAGGGGCAACCAGCAACGUCGAUUGCUUUUUGGUUGAAAAUUAAGAUUGGAUUUGUUCUUUGAUUUCAUUCAUGUUAUUAUAUGAAAAUUUCUCUAUUCAAUCGUA